AUCUGCAGGUGAAAUUGGAUCGGGGUCUGGAGAUGUUGAGCAUCUUCAAGAAACAUGAAGCUGAUAUGUCAAUUCUUGAUGACUUUGAUUUCUACGAGGAAAGGCAGAAAGCCAUGCAGGAAAGGAAGUCCAGACAACAGCAUGGGCAAUCCAACCCUACAUUUCCUGUCUUGUCAGCUGCCAUUGAUGAGCUAAACUACUCGGCACCAAAAUCUGGGGAGGUGAUGAGUCAAAUUUCAAAGACCUUUGCUGAGGUGGUACGGCUGGAUGAAGGGAAAACUCCAGAUUCAAAGGCAGAUAAAGGUAACUCCACCACCACCCUAGCUGCUGCUGCUGCUGCUGCUAAGACCGAGGAUUUUAAGGAGGAAGCUACAGCAGAGGUUGCUCAAAAUAGUUAAGAGCGUUCAGCCGGAAGCUUUACCAUCCUCUCUGUCAUGCAUCCGUCUGUUUCUUGUUUUAUUCAUCACAAGUUUGGCCCCUCUGUAUUGUCU